AUGCCAAAGCGAAAGUCUUUUGUGUCUAAAAAUCAAAGCUCAAAGCUUUCAAAAUUAGAUGAGGCUGGAAAAGAAAACCAUGAUGUAAAAGCUCAAGCUAUUAACUCAAAAUUCCUUUUGAUGUGCCCCUCGGACUUCUUCAAAUUUUAUCAAUUUUGUUGUUCAAUUUCGUCUGAUGCCCCUUUAGACGCUUUAUUUCAUGACACUGGCUUGAGACUUGUCGGGCCAUUUGAAGUUCUAGCUGAUAAGAACUCUUGUUCUGGGUAUGAUUGUCUAACCGAUUAUUACCGCUAUUUCCACGACCCACCUGAAUUUGUCACCGUUUUAACUGAGGAUGGUGAACACCCAUUUCACAUAGGGUACUUCAGAGAUGAUUACACAGAAGUGCCAAAAUUUUUGGCUUCGUCAAGUCCACAGGAAUCAGGAAAAUUAGUAAUUGUAGGAGGUGAUAUUUUCGCUGCCAUAUUUGAAUAUCUUGAACAGAAGAAAAAGAAAAAGUCGGAUAUUUAUCAAAAAUUGAUGACAUUUGUAAAAGAAAACAGAUUAACACUUGUGAAGAAGAACUCCGUCAAAAGAAAACCGACUUGCAAAACUCUUAAUGAGGUCGGAAUUGAAAUUAAGCUUCAUGGUGAUAUUGGUUAUCGACCUGUGAAUGCUACUAAUAGUACAUUAGGAACUGAGUUGCUGAAACAAAUUAUUCCCACUCCCCCAAACAAUUAUACAUGCCAGCAAUCUUAG